GCCUCUCACCGCCUGCAGUCCGCUCUCCUCUUCUCGCCUGCUUCUGACUGUGUGGUGAGGUCAAAGCUGAGUUAGACUGAAGAUGGCUGCAGGCAAGGCACACAUUGGAAUGCUGGCCCCAGACUUCACAGCUAAGGCGGUGAUGCCAGACGGACAGUUCGACGACCUGAAGCUGUCCGACUACAGAGGGAAAUAUGUUGUCUUUUUCUUCUAUCCGCUGGACUUCACCUUUGUGUGUCCAACUGAGAUCAUCGCUUUCAGUGACGCUGCCGAGGACUUCCGGAAGAUCGGCUGCGAGGUCAUCGCCGCCUCUGUCGACUCACACUUCUCCCAUUUCGCAUGGACCAACACGCCACGGAAGCAGGGCGGUCUGGGUGCCAUGAAGAUCCCCCUGGUGUCUGACACUCGACGCACCAUCUCCACAGAUUACGGUGUCCUGAAGGAGGACGAGGGCAUUGCCUACAGGGGUCUGUUUAUCAUUGACGACAAGGGCAUCCUGAGACAGAUCACCAUCAACGACCUGCCUGUUGGACGCUCAGUCGAGGAGACCAUGCGCCUGGUCCAAGCCUUUCAGUUCACUGACAAGCACGGAGAAGUGUGCCCAGCCGGAUGGAAACCAGGAAGUGACACCAUCAAACCCGACGUCCAGAAAAGCAAAGACUUCUUCUCCAAACAGUAAAAAGGCCAAGCCCAGAGUCUGCAGCCUGCUAUAGGAGAUUUCAUUUAGAGAUAACAUUUCGUGAAAACAAUAUUUAAGUCAGUCCCUGUGCCUGUGGAGGACUCGUUGUGACAGUUUUUGUAGUGUUAUGUUGUGUGUACAGUGAAAAGUGCACUUAUGACCAAAGUAUAUCAAUGUGCUAGUAAUGUAUGCUAUUUUCACUUUCAGACUGAGCAAAAUGCCUGCUUGUUCUUUCUUAUCCUUCCUUACUGUUGUUUGAUGCAAAUUGCCAUUCAAUUUUUCAUUUGAAUGAAACCACAAGCACCUCUAAAUGAUGUCGUACUUUUUUUUUUUACAGUGAGCUUUCAUCAAAAUAAAAACAUUGUUUACAACAC